GCGGCCCCCGAUGAGGCGGCGGGGCUGCGGCACCGGGAGCCCCCCGCGGCCGCCCCCGAGGGCCCCGCCGAGCCCACGCUGGUGCUGCGGCUCAAGUUCCUGAACGACACCGAGCGCCUGGCGCGGGUGCGCCCCGGGGACACCGUCGGGGCGCUCAAGAGGACCUACUUCCCCGGGCAGGAGCAGCAGGUACGGCUGAUCUACCAGGGGCAGCUGCUGCGCGACGACGCCCAGAGCCUGGCGGGGCUGCACCUGGGCCACCUGAGCGUCCUGCACUGCCACCUGUCCCCGCCCAGCGCCGCCCCCGCCGCGCCCGGGCCCCCCGGCCCCCGCGGCCCCGCGCCUGCCGCGCUGGGCGUGGGCAGCCUGGCGCUGCCACUCUUCGUGCUGCUGCUGGCCCUGCUCUGGUACCUGCAGCUGCAGCACCGCCACGUCUUCACCGCCACCGCCACCACCUGCCUGGCCGGGCUCACCCUGCUCGUCACCUUCGUGGCCUUCGCCAUGUACCGCAGAUAGCGCGGCCCAGACGCGCUCCUGGGGCCCUGGGCCACGCUCGGACACCUGGGGAGCCCCCCCAGCCCACCUGGGGCUCUGCGUUCAGCUCACCCAAUACAUCGGAACCAGAGGGGCCGGGCUCCGGACUGUGUCCCCCAGGGGCUGUAGGCUCAGGGGUCCCGGGGGUCCCCUCACCUCGUGCUGGGGCUCCGGGGCCGGGGCUGUUGCAGGAGUGGAGGCUCAGCUACCUCUAGGGGGGUCACGGUGCCCCCCGGCCCUGCACGGAGUGUCCCACGGCCGCUCCACGGGUGGCCGUGCCCCCGGAGCUCCUCCCCGCGGGGGUAUGGCCCAACCCCUCCCGGGGGCAGCUCCCGGGGGUCCCUAUGGUGCCGGGAGUCCUGGUGCCGGCAGGAUAUGCUCCAGAGAUCCCGAGGGUGCCAGGCGGAAUGUGCUCCCGGGGUGCCAGGGGUCCCCGUGCCGGGGGAGUGCGCCCCCCGGGGGUCUCGGUGCCGGGCGGGAUGUGCUCCCCACUGUCCCGAGGGUCCCGGUGCUGUGCUGGGGGAUGCCGCCCCCCACCGCCGUAACAAUUAAAGCGGAAGGACUGUGACCGGC